GCCUUUGGUGCGGUGCGUUCGUGUGUGUGUGUGUGUAUGUGUGUGUGUGUGUGGACGUGUGACGGCGCGGAUCGGGCGUAACCUUCAGCGUGUGGUGUGGCAACGGAGCAGCGCUGUGAAAGUACUCAUUUGUUGUGCGUAGCUCCCAGGGAACCCCUGCCCGCUGUGCUCCGCUCCACUCUGUCUUGCAUCCUGCAAUACCUGUAGUUCCGUGACGCGCCCGUGACGUGCUCGUGACGCCCUUACUGCCUGGCUCUGCGUGCCCUAGACGUGCACUGCUGCCCGGUACCACUGUUCACUGUGACGCGUCCUCAACCGCACGACUCUGUGCGCUCCGCUAGGAAUACUUGUGCCUCUACCACGGCACGACAUGGAUGUGCUGCUGUACCCACGUGUAUGAAGUGUUACUAUGUGACGACCUAGUGCUAACUGCUAACACUGGUCUUGCUGUGUUGUGUAUUGGUGUGAAGGAUACCCACCCUGUGGUGCUACCGAGUGUACUGAUACUCCACUGUGAGUGACCUGUCCCUGUGUGGACCAACCUGUGUGUGCUAACCUGCUGGAUACCUGUGUCUCCGUCACCCUUCCUCAAUACGUCAACAGGAAGUGACUGACCAGCACCGUGACACUCACCGCCAGCCCUGAGGAGUGAGGCCUGAGCGCCGCUGGAUGCAUGCUGGCAAUACAGUAUCGACCUCGCUCGCAUUUCCCAGAUUAACUUAGUGACGCCGUCGAGAAAGCGCGGCCCCGCCAUUGAGAGGAGCGUCCUAACCAUGCCAUUCAUCGACGACGAUCUCCUGUGGUGCCCUGACAACGACGGCAAGAUGGUUGACCUCUCCUGCCUGGACCCUGGGGGAGGAAAUGGAGCAGGCAACAGUGCCGCUCCUGGAGGGAACAACAAUGAACAAAUGACACCGAUGGGCAUGGGCGUCAUCGGUGGUGUGGCCUCCAACCCAUCCUCCGCCCCAGAGUGUGGCGACCUGGCCGAGCUGUCGCAGGCCGAUCUGAAGGGUCUGGUUGGAGAAAUUACUGAAGAGGAUGAGAUCUUCACUAGUAUAUCUGUGUCAAACUUUGAACUUGAUAAUAUAUUUGCUGAGGUGGACGACUCUUUCCUGUCGGGUAACCCAGUGAGGAGCCGUGAUGGCCGGUGUGGUCGAGACGACUUCAUCCCCGCCACACCCACCGACUCGGCCAAGACCCCGUCAGACCUGCACAUGAUCCACAUCAAGCAAGAGCUGGAGACCAUCGGCAGUAGUGAUGAGGAGCCCAUGUCCACCAGCACCAUGGACAUCGUGUCCAGCACCAGCACCCUCACACCACUGCUGCGCUCCCCCCAACACGGCCUGUCCAACCACAACCACCUUAUGUCCCACCUCAGCAGCAACCCCACCGCCUCGCCCCUCACCCACCACAUGCAGCACACUAAUGGCGGUCAAACCUUUGAAAGCUUGCUCAAUGACGAGACCAAUGGCACCAACACAUCUCUCCUCCAGAAUGCCUUGCAGAACAACGCCCAGAAUGGCUUGAUAGACGUCCGCCACAUCAAGAGAGAAAAUUCUGUUGCCGCAGCAAAUCCUCUGCUUGCUGAAGUGACACCAGUCCCUCAUUGGACCUUUUGGGAGGACUUUGGUUUGUUAUCCUCCUCGUAUGACCGACCUAUGGCCAGCCCAGCGUCCACUCCGUCGUCCACGCCCUCCCUACCAUCCCUCAUGGGCCACGUUAAGAUCAAGAAGGAGACGCUGGACCAUCCCCACGACUCAUGCAAAGUGGAUACCGAUGGUGGUAGAGGCGUGCACCCCCACCACCACCACCACAACGAGUCCUCUCUCCAUCACCACCACCACCAUCACCACCACCUCACGGGCGGCGUGGGCAGAUCGCGGGAACAGAUGCUCCAGGACCUGCUCUCCUCGGGCCAGGUGAUGAGCCCCCUCCAGAACGGUCCCAACGUCCCCCCUGUCUCAUCCACUGCCUCCGCCACCACCACCUCCAACUUGUACAGCAACUACCCGCCCCACCCUGCUGCCCACGCUGGCCACCGCACAGCCUACUCGGCCACCCAGCCCAAUACCUCUGUGGGUGGGUCGCUGCCGCCCUCCCCGGCGGACUCAGGCGUGUCCGACGUGGACUCCUCGAGCGGCCACGCCAGCAAUGACGAGUCCAAGACCAGACUACACCUCACAGUGUGUGGGUCUCGGACGCCGGAAUCUCCCACGUCAGGCAUGGAGGCGAGUGGUCCUCUCCCAUCCUUCCAUCCGACCUACUCGCCUCAGCCUCUUCACAUGCGGUCCCCGUCGCUCCCGCCCCACACGCCCACCUUCUCUCGCCCACAAGACUCCCAAGUGAUGGGCUACGGCGUGAGCAUGUCUGGUUUUAUGGACACCGGGUCUCCAGGAGGUGUUGGUGCGGGAGCCUACGGCGUCACCUCUCCUCACUACCCGGGGCACCCGUCUGGCCUCGCCUCCCCUCUCCAAGGCCCCUCGUCCUCCUCGCACUUGACUCAUAUGGUGUCUUCAGGCAUGGGAGCGGCGCCGUCCACAGCCUCUCCCUCCUCCUCCUCGUCUGCUGAAGAUUUCUUCCUCGGCGACAUGGGCUUCCCACCCAGGAUGAAAAAGAAGGGACGCAAACCCAAACCUCCUGACGCCAACGGCCAGCAGCCCGGCAUGAAGAGGAAAAGCAGAGAAGGUUCCACAACUUAUCUAUGGGAGUUCCUGCUGAAGUUGCUGCAGGACAAAGAGUGCUGUCCCAAGUACAUCAAGUGGACCAACAGAGAAAAGGGAGUGUUCAAGCUGGUCGACUCCAAAGCUGUGUCCCGGCUGUGGGGACUGCACAAGAACAAGCCUGACAUGAACUACGAGACCAUGGGCCGUGCCCUCAGAUACUACUACCAGCGCGGCAUCCUGGCCAAGGUGGACGGCCAGCGCCUCGUGUACCAGUUUGUUGAUGUUCCUAAGGACAUCAUUGAAAUUGACUGUACGGGAGCAUAAGGGCAUUGUGGAUCAUCCUCUACAAUCUGUGCUUCACAGCAACCAGAGGAUGCUCACCAGCUACAAGAGUGAGAGGUCUCGGCCUUGUGGACAACAGUCUUAGUGAGGGGCCUCAUGGCUCCGUGGCAGGCAGCUGUCUGACACCAGUAGUGCUGGCAGGAAGUCCUGCCCAUCAACAAAACACAUUAUUUUUUUUGACAAUAACUUGAUAUUUUCAAGAAUCUGUAAAAUAAUAGUAAUAUCUAAGAGGAACUCUGUUGAGACUCCUUAAAACAUUCGUUUUGUAUAUAUUGCCUCCAAUUUCAGUGUAAUGACUAUCGCUCACUUUUGAGUCUGUACAUAGAGUAUAAAUAAGAAUAAGGACAAUUAUUUUAUUACACGCGCCUCUAGAUGAAGUGGCAAGACUCUUGUGUCGAACACUGUGAGGCCCAACCUCCUCUUACCCCAUCCAGAAUGUGAUACUCAGCAGCCCUGGAUGCUGACCCAGGCUUGCGGGCUGCACCGUGCAGGCUGUAGUGAACAAUCUUCAGUCACACCUUCACCCUGAGACAUAGCUUGAGCUUACUGGGCAGCCGCUUGUCAGAGCCACCUGACCUUGCUAGGGCAUCAUGGUUACCUGUAUCUUACACAGGUAACCUGAACUGGGACAUGUUUGCAAUGGAAUCACAAAGAAAUGUACAGUUAAUUUAAAUAGUUCUUAAGUGAUAGUAAUAGGUGCUCGCACCAUCCGGUCAGACAGUCCAGGUGAGCCAAGUGGUGUCUCAGGGGUUGGGGUCUGAGUCCUUAAGUCAGUCCGUAGGUCCCCAGUGUCCUGGUAGUGGCGCUCAAUCGAGUUUAGUUCGUGUAAGUUGCAGACUUUGCUCGGGAGGAUACAAGCGGACAGUGCCUUGCAGCUUUGCCAGUCCGUAAUGAGCCGCUUCUUUACAAAACACACAACUAAUGCCAUUACAUCUCAAAAUUUGACAUUGUGAUUGGCCUUAUAUUUCACCCAGUGCUUGGGAGAAUCAUGUGAUAUUAAAGUGUUGUGCAAAAGUUAACUUAUCUGGACACAGGAAGAGAUGGUCCAUGAUAAUUGGUGCUCAAUUUGAAGCUGUUUCACUGCUUUGUAAGAAAAAGAAAGCCAUAUCAUAUAUUUUGAAUAUAUUUAAUACUUUUAAAAUUUGUACUCUAUUUUUCAAUCAAUUGAGAAGUUGUCCAAUAUGUAGCUGAUGCUUGCUCUUACUGUGAGACAAAACACAGACAAGAAGUUUUAAAACUUGGGAUCUGGAUUAGUGACUGCAGCGGUGCAGAUCAAACUACAGGACUCACGGGCCCCUCUGUAACAUAGACUCUCUUUAGGACUAUUUAUUUAUUGAAUACUUAAUAUUUUACGAGUUGUUAAAUUGUUAUAUAAGUUGAAUGUUUUGAUAUGAGAAUGGGAAACCACUAAGGUGUAUUGUAAGUUCAGUUGUGGUGUUGUGUUUCUAAAUGUAUUAAUAUUCACCAGCUACGUUCUGUCUAUUAACAGCGGACCAACCUAUUUUUUGUGCUAAAUUGUCAUUUUUAUGGAAUAGUUUUACAUAUCAUAUUGGUUGUACAUUAAAUCAUUCCUUUUUGUAGAAACCCAUUUUGAGGGAAUUGUUCUCCUGCCCCCUGACUUGAGAAUUAACAAACCAUAAGAUGUCCUACACAACCUAUCUAACAAGAUCCCAUCUUGCUUACACAAAGAUGCCCAAAGCCGUCAUCCUGCUUACUAAUAUAGUGACGGCAUAGCAUCGCACUCUUUCAUCUAAGAUACUCAUCUGAAGGUCUGGAACACUUCCCUUCUCAUGUCUCUCUCCUCUGAACCCCCUGCCACUCCUUCCCCAAGGUUCUCACAGUGCUGCUCUGCUCAUAUGCUCUUCGAUGGGGUGUCAGUGAUCUUUUCUCUCUUGCUUUUCUUUCCUUGUGGGCCAUGAAAGUCCUUGCCCCACCAAUUGAUCCCUGGCCACCUGGCCCUCCAGCAUUUCUCUGGUCUAUAAGCCAGUGUGGAGCAAUGUAUUGUCCGUGUGAAGGUCCUGGUGUACCCUUGAGAGUUGGCUUCUGUAAGUACAAAGUGUGGCGGUGGCUCGUGGCACCCACGGCCGUCUCUUGUCCUUACCCACUGAACUUUUUAACAAGUUUUCUAACUGGCCUCACAAUUCUUUGAGCCAAUUGGAACACAUGUUUUAUUUGUAAUCAUUUUGUUUGGGAGACAUUUUGCCUCUUAAAAAAAUUGGCAAAUGCCCUGGAUCAUGUUGCCUUAAGGCAAGUGACACCUCAGGGUAGGAGGGAGCAGUCUCUCCAGCGCCUGGUGGCCCAGGCUGGGGAGAGGGUGCCUCAGCCCCGCUGCUGUACAGUCGUGUUGACGGCCUUGGCCAAGGUCGGCAGCUUUUUAAGUGUUCUCACUACACAUUGUAUCAACACUACCAUUUCUAAGGUGUAAAAUAAAGCAAUGGAUAUAUGUA